GCCAAGGCGAAGGACAGCCAGAAGGGGGGUGUUACACAAAGAAUAAUAGCGGUGCUGGAAUGGAGAAAGUGUUUAGGAUAACAAUGGAAUCCUCUUCACCUCCUCCACUUCCACCAUCAUUCACACCUUCACCUUGCUUCUAUUAGGAGCAAAUCAGAGCUGGUAUAAAUGUUACAUCAUGCUCCAUUCCCCAGUUGGACACAUGUAAAGACCACAUUGCUCUAGGACACACCACAACCCUCUGGUCAGGUUAUAAUCUUGGUAUCACAUUACCUCAGACAGAGCUGGAAGAUGCCUGGAUUCAAGCAGGAAUCAGUGGAUAUAUUCCCAGCCUACAUCCUAGAACACCAAGUGGAAUAUGAGGGCCCAGGACCACAUUAUUUCUCUGCACAAGGACAAAUUCCUCAUCUGCCCAGCAAUGAUCAUCGAGGGGGUCAGGUUUGCCAGUCUCUGAAUGUUUCCAAUCAUGAGCGGACUACAGAUACCUCUUCAGGAUCUCAUCGCAGGAAGCGAACAAGCUAUAGCCAACAAAAACUGGUUAUAUUGGAGAAUUACUUCCAAACUAACCGAUACCCAGAUAUCAAUGAUCGAGAGCAACUAGCUAAGAAAGUCUGCCUGCCAGAGUCACGAGUUCAGGUCUGGUUCCAAAACCGGAGAGCAAGAGCCAAGCGAGAGGAUGCUAAAGUGGACACAAAACCUGUUCAAUCACAGCUUUACCUCAUUGGCCAUGGACCCAACACCUAUCUUUGCCCAACUGCACAACACCAUCCACUGCAGACCAAUAACCAAAGUUCUGCCAAGCAAUCUCUGGACAGAUGGACUCAGCAGAGACUUGCUGAGGUUCCUCAACCCCUACAUCACAUGACAGCCCAUAUACAGACCCCAGUCUUAAACCCAGCAUCACUUUUUGUGACAGACUAUAAUUGCAACCCACCAGACCACUUCAGCACACCGGAGAAACCCACUGUGAAACCACAGAAGCUCUUUAAUAUGGAGUCAUUGUACCAUUACGGGUAUGAAUUCCAGGUGGCAGCCAAGGACUACCAGUGUGCACCCUACAGCCCGAUCUCUCCAUUAAGUUCUGGCUCUAGUGACACAUAAGAGUUUUUUUUUUAAUGUAUUUUUACAGAGACUCCUGGAGUCAAUGGCCCAUUGGGAAUACAAUGUGUAUAUUUAUUUUACUUUCACGUUAACCUGUAAAGACACUGUUUGAGUAAUUGUUUAAAAAAAAUUUUUUUAGCACUAUUUAAGUAUGGUUUG